AUGGCGUCAGCUACAGAAAAAUCAUCUAACGAUCAGAUCUCUUACUCUACUGCAGUCAUCAAUGAACGUUCACAGCAAAGAAAGACAGUUGCUAAGACUUUGUCUCAAAAGCAACUGAAUAAAUUAAGUCGGACCGUUUCAGAAAUGCAGCCUGGCAAACUGCAAGCAGAACUCCGAAGGCGAAACUUAUCUACCAGCGGGAUUCUGGAUAUCCAACGUAUGCGAUUGAAAACUUAUCUGAAAAUUGAAUUGAUGGAGCAAUGUACAGAUCCAUUGGCAAUGAUCGAGCAGCCAUUCGAUUAUAUUGCUGUUGUUGAUUUCGAAGCAACAUGUGAAAAAGAUGUACCAAACUAUCUGCACGAAAUUAUUGAGUUUCCAAUUGUUUUAGUCGAUGUUAAACAACAAACUAUCAUCGAUCAAUUUCGAUCCUACUGUCGACCUGAACGUAAUCCAGUUCUCUCACAAUUUUGUAGAGAUUUGACAGGUAUUCAGCAGCAUCAAGUCGACACUGCUCCAACAUUUGCCGAGGUUCUUCACAAUGUUGAACGUUGGUUAAAUGAACGAAAUCUGUCCACAUCAGCGAGUAGAAAUAAAUUCGCAUUUGCCACUGAUGGGCCGUGGGAUUUUGCAAAUUUCCUUCAAAUGCAAUGUCGUCUUAAUUCGCUACCUUAUCCUGAAUGGGCGAAUCAAUGGAUCAAUAUCCGAAAAGUGUUUGCACGAUUUUAUUCUAUGCGUUCAUGCGGUAUUGUGAAAAUGUUACAAAAACUAGGCUUUUCAUUCGAAGGUCAGCAACACUCGGGUCUCGAUGAUUCCACCAAUAUUGCACGUAUAGCAGUGCAAUUGCUGAAGGACGGAUGUAUUUUAUCCUUAAACGAUGGUAUACGCGACGAGCAUUCUAAUGAUAACAAAGCAACUGACGACAAUGAAAUUGAAAUUGUCUUUGAAGAUUAA